CCACGCCUCCCGCAGCCCGGCCGAGCCCCGGCCGCAGCGAUCCGGCAGGGCGAGCAUCCCCCGAGCCGCGCCGGGCACCCCGGGCACCCAGAGCCAUGGCAGGAAAAGCCCACAGGCUGAGCACAGAGGAGAGGGAGCAGCUGCUGCCAAACCUGCGAGCCGUGGGGUGGAACGAGGUGGAAGGCAGAGAUGCCAUCUUCAAAGAGUUCCACUUCAAGGACUUCAACCGGGCCUUUGGCUUCAUGACCAGAGUGGCUCUACAGGCAGAAAAACUGGACCAUCAUCCUGAAUGGUUCAAUGUGUACAAUAAGGUGCACAUCACCUUGAGCACCCACGACUGCGGGGGUUUAUCAGAGCGAGACAUCAACCUGGCCAGCUUCAUCGAGCAGGUGGCAGCUUCCCUCUCCUGACCAGGGAUCCACGCAGCCAAAACCCCACUGUGCCACUGUGUCCUGCCUAGCUGGCUCCACCCAGAGCCUUUUCCCACUUCCCAGCUAGAUCCUGGAGUCAGACAGCCCAGCCUCCCCAGUGCAGCUCAGAUGGAUGGAGGCACUUGUCAGGGUGCAUGUACCCAUCUCUGAUCCUGCAAAUUCCAGCCUUCAACCCUUCCUUGGCUAUGUGAUCCCACACCCCCAGCUGCUGAGCCUCUUACCAGGAGUCUAACUGAAAUCUUCCCUUUUAUAAAACCACAGAAUGGUUUGGGUGGGAAGGGACCUAAAGAUCACCUUGUUCCACCCCCUGCCAUGGGCAGGGACACCU